AUGGGACGUGGGAAGAUAACGAUCAAGAGGAUCGAGAACCAGACGACUCGACAAGUGACGUUUUCGAAGCGGCGAGCCGGACUCUUGAAGAAGACACAUGAGCUUUCUGUGCUUUGUGACGCUCAGAUUGGCCUCAUCAUCUUCUCCGCCACUGGCAAGAUGUGCCAGUAUUGCAGUGAGCCGUAUAGAAUAGAACAAAUCAUUGAAAGGUAUUUGAAGGUAACUGGAAAUAGCAUUCCUGAACAUGAUAAUCUGGAACAUUUGUACAAUGAAUUGGCAGUGUUGAGGAAAGAGACCCGUCGGCUUCAACUGAGCAUGCGACGCUACACCGGUGAGGACAUGAGCUCGAUACCGUUUGAAGAGCUCGAACAACUUGAGAAUGAACUCGAACGCUCCGUCAUCAAGGUUCGAAUGCAAAAGAAUGAGCUUUUGCAGCAACAACUGGACAAUUUGCGUAGAAAGGAGAAACUACUAGAGGAAGAAAACAGCAAUAUGUACCGAUGGAUUCAAGAACACCGAGCGACGAUCGAGUAUCAGCAUGGGGGAAUGGAAGCUAAGCAGGUGGAGCAUCAGCAAGUUCUUGGGCAAUUCACUUUCUAUGAUGAACCCAGCAGCGUGCUUCAGCUCUCAAGUCUCAACCAUUAG